AUGGAGGAAUACCAGCCCCACCAUGAUGAGAUUGGCUUCAAUGCUGAUGAAGCACACAAUAUUGUUAAAGAGUGUAUAGAUGCUAUAUUGGGUGGUGUGGAUUAUAAUCAGAAUAAUGUCAACCAGUGGAUUGCAGCUAUAGUGGAACAAUCUUUAACCCAUUUGGUAAAGUUAGGGAAGACACAUAAAUAUAUUGUUACUUGUGCAGUGAUGCAGAAGAGUGGAUCUGGUUUACACACAGCCAGUUCAUGUUUUUGGGAUACCACAUCUGAUGGAACCUGUACCAUAAGAUGGGAGAAUUAA